UUGUCCAACGAUCUCGCAAGUGGUACGAGCUUGACGGACGAAGAAGCAAAGGAAAUUCGAGAUGCUGCCAUCGAGAAGUUCCAAGCCUGCGCCGCGGCGACCAUCUUUAAUUGGGGCAACGUGCACAUGUGCGAAGCGCGCAAGAAGAUGGACGGCGGUCGCGAACCGGCGAAGGAGCAGGGCGGUCCUCCGGGAUCUGCCAUCGCCAUCGCGGAUGAGUUCGAUGAAGUCGAACGACUCAUCGGUCUUGCUAAGGAACGAUUCGAGGAAGCGAUCGUGAUCAAGCCGGAUCACCACGAUUCGCACAUCGCGUUGGCGCAGCGUCGCUACGAGCGCUCGCGUCUGCUCAGCGCCGCCGCCGGCAUGAGCGGCGAUGAGGGUAAGGUAGCCAAGGGUCACGAUGCUAAAAAGCGCAUUGCAGAAGCAGAGGCCGAAUUCGUCGGAGCCGUGGCGGAUUACAAGGCUGUGUUUGCCACCUUGCCGGACGAAGUCCCGAGGGAAAAGACUGAGGAGGAAAAGGCGGCGUUCCAAGCGCUCGUGGACGAAGCCGUCGCGCGGGGCGACGAACCACCCACGGACGAGGAGCCAUCGACGAAGGGACAAGUGCGCGUCAUGCUUGGUAAUACGCUCUUCGAGCAAUCACAAUUGGCGGCUCGCUUAGGAAAGGAAUGGAAGUCGAUGCUCGACGAGGCGCUCGAAAACUUCCACGAAGCGGGGUGUGCGCAAGAGGACAUUGACAACGCAGUGAGCAUGCAUUACGGCACGCGGAUGACCGCUGGCGGCAAGUAG